AUGAGAUUCACAGCCAUUCGUGACUCCUACUCAGUCACGGAAACAUUAUGCAUUCAAGACUUCUUUGCAAAGCCUUCGUGGUCCGCAGGCCUCGCCGUCUUAGGCUAUCACCGCAUCUCGAAGCGCUUCGAAUCUCAAUACCUCCACUUCGAUUUAUCCGACCCAGUAGACAAGAGGCAUGUGGAUCAGCUCAAACAGGGAUGGAAGGACGCUAUCAGGAUGGCGUCAAUUGUGGUCAACGACUUGGACUUUGAUGGUUUUAUCUUCAGGGACUACUUUGCGCCAGAGCAUAAUAUGUACGAGAACAACGAGAACGAAGGAUCACCGUAUCUAGGCUUCGUGUUCUGGUUGAAGAAUGAUUGGGGAGGUCGAUGUGUCCCCGUGGGGCAAGAGACUCCUGAUACAGACGUCGAGAUUGCGUACCAGGUAAACGAAGUCGUAUCUGACUCUCCCAGAAGCGUGGCGCACAUGUGCGACCAAGGCUAUUUGAGGCUAGCAGUCAGCGAAGUCCAGUGCGAAGCGUUGGGAGAUACAGUGUCGACGCGCAUGCAGGUCCUUGCAGGCAUCCUAAUACAUGAGUGGACUCAUUUCGACCGAAUUGGCGCCGAUGCUGUCGGUCACCACAUCACGGAUGCUGCAAAUGGAUACGGCCCCCUUGCAGUCCGCGCGCUUAACAACGAGAAGAAGCUCCUCAAUGCCGACAAUUAUCACUGGCUGGCGCUGGAGGCUGCGGAAGAUACUUCUCGGGACCGCGCGAUAGCCGCGAUACUGACGACCCAGGAUGUGGUCAGGGCCACUGCACUAUUCAGUAAUGGUCCAGGAGGAGAUCCAGUAAUUGGUGUCACGGAGCUCAAUUCUUGCGAUUGA